UGGUCACUUUACAGAGACCAUGAAGACGACAUUCUAAAUCGUCUUGAAUCAAUGAUUUUCGCAGAUAAUUAUGUUGGUAGAGGUCGCCCUAGUAGGUUUACUAGUUGGCCGAGGUCUGGGUGACGGAGCACACGGAGGACAUGGAGGUGGUGGAGGAGGAGGAGGAGGAGGCAUCUCCAGUGGAUAUGGAGCUCCUUCAGGUGGAGGCUCUGAGUAUGGAGCACUAUCAGGAGGAGGUUCGGAGUAUGGAGCACCUUCAGGGGGCGGCUCAAGCGGAUACGAAGGCGGAGGAGGAGGAGGUUUCGGAGGGAUCUCAAGCAGCUACGGAGGAGGAGGUGGUGGAGGAGGUGGAGGUGGAUACAGCGGUGGAGGCGGUGGCGGAGGAGGAGGAUAUGGAGGUGGAGGUGGAGGAGGAGGAAAUGCUCCAAUCUAUGUGUACAGACAAACUACAACGGCAGGAGGAUUUAAUCUUGGUUUACUCCUUCCCCUGGCUGCAGCUCUAGCUAUACCUCUAGGUCUCCUGGCUCUAACUCUACCUGUCACAACAACACUAGUCGGAGGAAGGAAAAAGAGGGAUGUGAACGGUACCAUGACCCUGGGUGAGAAGCAGGCUGAGAUUUUACAAUCCUACCUGGAUGUUCAUGGCUUAGAGAUGGACCUUGCUCUUCAGAGAGAUAUGAUCGCCAGGUACCUGGAGUGUGGUGGUGAGGUACAGAACACAGGAAACUCUCACACAGUAUCUGCUUGCCUGGAGAUGCUCAUGUGUACAUUCCACGAUACCAAGCUUAAACUACAACCUAGAGAGAAGGAAGUGGCUGGAAUAAUCAUUCAAACCUUGAUGGAGAACGAGUAUAUCUCAAAGGAUUACAAGAGAAGACUACUUGAAGCUGGUCAGAUUGGUCGAGACUUCCCAGGAACCUGCCACAACUUCAAGUGCAACGAGAAGGUCUUUAGCAAGAUCAGUCCUAGAGCCUUGGAUCUGUCCUUGGAGUAGAACAAAAGGAGUUCAAAGAUCCAAACGUCUCAGCAUUUCUUUUGAUUGUUGUUUUGUGUUUGUUAUAAAUUAUUAAUACUUUUUUUGUUUUUUGAAUCGAUAUGUUAAUUAGUUAAUUUAUUUAU